UCGGCAACGAGCCGUCGUCGAGGCCACACGCGUCCCGCGAGCCUCUCAAAGCUCAGCGCCGCGUAAAUAACUUCGAUACAUAACACGAGACUAUUGCGACUCCACUUUCCUAUCUUCAUAAUAAAAUAUUAAGUGUUUUAAAUAUUAUUGCAAAUAUUGUGUCAUCGUAAAAUCUAGUGAAAAUAACUUUAAAAAUCCUAAAAAUCAUCUUAAAACUUUUUGUGUUUUUAAGGGAGUAAGUUCAGACAUUAAUUCUUCGCACCCAAUCAUCUUUGAAAUACGGACUUGGAAUUAAUCGUAGUGAUAAAGACUACUCUCAUCUGUGUGCGAUGAAAUGUAAAUUGUAAUGUGAGGACAUAAUAAUGAAUGUUUUGUUGAUAUAAUAAGAAAACAAUCGCAUGUAGUGGUGAUUCAAUUUUAUGCUUUGACUGGCGGUUUCCUGCGACGUUGAACGGAAGUCUACGAAGACCAAGUCAGUUAGAAAUAGCUGGUUCAUCAACAGAACGAUUUUGUCAAUGGUCUACUGGAUUACCGUAUAAAUUAUACGGAGGACAGUAGCGGCGAGAUACGAGCGCUUCCUGACCAGCUGUGACCCUAUAACCUCGCACAUCGACAAAAUGCGUUAUCACCGCACUAUUACCAACUUAUUGACCGGGAAGGUUCGUUAUCAGUCGCCAACCAAACCCGCGAGCGUAAACAUGAACAUGAAAUAAGUGAUAUGAACUCAAUUACCGUGAUACACUUGUGGACGAAUGAUGUGCGUUAAAUCUUUAAGAUGGGUGAUCUGCUACCGAGUAUACCGAGGAGUACGUUCGCGAGUGAGGUAGACGGAGGGAACUACAGCCUCGAGGGUCAGAGAGUGACGGAGUACGGGUCUGACGCGGAGUUGGCCGCUGUAGAGCUGUUCCGUGACUACCCGGAGCCACUGCUUCGCUUCGCCUCCGUGUGCUGCGUGCUCUUCAUGCUCGUCGGCAUCCCUGGCAACCUCAUCACCAUUGUUGCGCUUGCUAGGUGCAAGAAGGUCCGCAACGCCACCGCAGUGUUCAUAAUGAACCUGUCAUGCUCCGACCUCCUGUUCUGCUGCUUCAACCUGCCGCUCGCCGCGUCCACCUUCUGGCGCCGCUCCUGGGCCCACGGCAGAAUCCUCUGCCGAAUGUUCCCCCUCGCCAGAUACGCACUCGUUGCAGUAUCUCUCUUCACGGUCCUGGCUAUCACAAUCAACAGAUAUGUGAUGAUCUCCCAUCCACGUCUAUACCCCAAGUUGUAUCGACGUCAAUAUUUAGCAGUAAUGGUGGCAAGCACUUGGGCGUUUUCAUUCGGUGCAUUAAUAGCAACGUGGUUAGAAAAAUGGGGCAGAUUUGGUUUGGACCCCACGAUUGGGUCCUGUUCAAUACUUCCCGACAAAAAUAAUCGUUCUCCGAAAGAAUUUCUCUUCGUGGGUGCCUUCAUGCUGCCCUGUCUGGCCAUUGUGAUAUGUUACGCUAGGAUAUUUUGCAUUGUUAGAGAAGCAGCAAGAAAGUCGCGAGCGCCAGCACGAGGGCGAUCUAGGCCAGGCUUAGAAGACUCUGCAGUUGGUUCAGCUUCCACAGCAUUGGAACGAUCGCCUGGCCCUGAAAAUGGAAUCAAUCACGUUGCUCCACCCAGAAGGGCACUCCUAGCACCACCAGCACUGCACUGUCCUCCGACACCGGGACCUGAGCGGUCCUCGUCGUCUGGUGUUGAUACAUUAGAUGGCCACGACGAGGAGUGCGCACUGGAUGCUAAACCUAGAACACCGAGUGGCGGUGAAACUGCUAAACGUCUUAGACAAGCUGCGGUCGCGUUAAGACGAUCACCAGCGUCUGUAAGACCACCUCGACUGACGCCAAAAGACAGAAAGUUACUAAAGAUGAUAAUGGCAAUAAUGUUAUCGUUCUGGGUGUGUUACUUGCCCAUAACUUUGACGAAGAUAUUUCGAGAGUUUACGUCGCAUCCAGCGGCAAACAUAGCGGGGUAUAUACUGAUAUACCUGACGACGUGCAUCAACCCCAUCAUCUACGUGGUGAUGUCGUCGGAGUACCGGCAGGCGUACAAGAACCUGCUGAUGUGUCGCCGCUGGGCGUGAC